CUCUCGUACCACAAAGCACCUACGUCUCUCUUUCCACUCUACUCGCGACGCCUUUUCUGCUACUGUAGUCGAGAACCAACAACCAAUGAAGUAGCUGGUUGAUCAGAUCAAAAGGAUAAUCAGCCAAUUGCCUAUGGGUUUUGUCAAUUCUCUAUUUUAAUGUUUGAUUGAUUGAUCAAUUUUUUUGUUUGUUUUGGAUCACAGAUUAGUGGGCUCUAUAAUUGGGUGGAUGUUUAGAUCUGGGCAUUUGGAAAGGAAUGAUUUUUCCAAGUUUUUAUUAAUGUAGCAGUAGCUUCACCUUUGGAUGAAGUAUUGGUGUUGAUCAAUUUCUCCUGGGUUUCUCAGCUGAUUGCAUGCAUGGGAGCAGAGGUUGUCUUGGAUGUUGUACCAAGCCACCGUUUGUAAUUUCUGUGGAUGAGCCAUCUAAGGGGCUCAAGAUUCAAGGCCAGCGCGUGAAGCAACAUAGUUUAACCGAGGACUUUUGGAGCCCCAGUUCGGGUGAUAUGGAUAAUAGUGCCUUUCCAUCUUAUAGAAGUGUCUCGUCAAUCAGCACUUCAAACCAAACACUUGAUACUAAUAGUAGCACCGGCGGCACAAGCAGCUCCUCCGAAUUCGUAAAUCAUGGUCUUCUUCUGUGGAAUGAAACGAGGCAGCAGUGGGUAGGAAACAAAGGACCCCAGGAACCAGGACAAGCGCAAGAGCCUAAAUUGAGUUUCAACGCUACGUAUGAGAGUUUGCUAGGAACCAACAAGCCAUUCCCCCAACCCAUCCCAUUGCCGGAAAUGGUGGAUUUCCUAGUUGACGUUUGGGAGCAAGAAGGGCUUUAUGAUUGAUGACUAAUGGCAAUUGAGAUGGAUAUAAAUAUAUGUGUGUGUGUGUGUGUAAUCCAAAGCUAUAAAACAUAAGUUGUUUCCUCUUUGGUCUAUAAAGCUCCCAACUUUGCCAUAAGUUUGUAAUUAGCUUGUUUUCUUUUCCCAUGUUAUUCAUAUUCACUUUAAAACACAA